AUGUCCCUCCCAGCAGCCCACGCACGCCUCGCCGCCCGCGCACGCCUCGCCGCCCAUGCACGAUCCUCGCGGGCCACGGCCGCAGUGCCCACCGCAGCCCAGCUCAGCCUCAGGCGCGGCAUGUCCGCACCAGCCUCGGACCACCCGCCUCUCGAGACCCAGGAGGACUGGACACAGUUCCAGCUCCAGAACGCUGAAUACGAGUCUCUCAUCUCCUUCUACUCGGACUUUGGCUCGACCCAAAAGCGCGAGAACAGCUUCCAGCCGCACCACCCUCUCCACCGACCGACCCCUGGACAGAGCCUCACCGUCUCACAUCUCCUCGCCGCAGGCGCUCACAUGGGCCACUCGCAGUCGCUCAUGAACCCCCACUUCCUGCCAUAUGCAUACGGUGUGCGCGCGGGCAUCACUGUCAUCGACCUCGACCAUACCGUGCCCCUGCUCCGGCGCGCCGCGCAGGUCGUGCGAGCAGUCACCUCGAGGGGUGGCUCGGUCAUCUUUGUGGGCACAAGACCAGACCUCCGCGCGGUCGUACGGAAGGCGGCAGAGCGUGUCGGCGAGAGGGCGUUCCACCUCGGCGAGAAAUGGUUCGCCGGUACUCUGUCGAACAGAUUGGAGAUGUUCAACCUCGUUCGAACGGAGGUCAAAGAACAGCUCAUCCCUGACCUCGUCAUCUUCCUCAACCCCAUUCCGAACCUCUAUGCGAUCAAGGAUUGCUCUGCCCACCAUGUCCCGACAAUCGCUCUCGUGGAUUCGAAUGUGGACCCACGAGUCGUGACGUACCCAAUACCUGCGAACGACGAGAGCACGAGGACAGCGGAACUGGUCGCGGGUAUUCUGAGCAUUGCGGGUCGCGAAGGUGUCGCACUGCGUCGCGAGGAUUUGGAGCGACAAGCAGCGCGCGCAAAAAAGCUGCAGAGAGUACGAGAGGCGGCCCUCAGUCGCGGGCAGCCAGAAUAG